GUCACCACUCACCUGCCACUCAUUAGUGGCCUCAUCUUCCAGCAAAGCCUACAUAUUACCGAACAAAUGCGAGUUCCUUGCUGGAAAUACGAAGAACAAAAUGAAUUUCUUUGACUUUCCAGUCUUUUUCACCCUAUUGACUCAAGCCAUCUCAUUUGGACGCACUGGUGACGUUUCUUUCUCUAUUUGUUGGAUGGACUUGGGCAACCCUCUGCAAAGUUCUGACAACCUGUGGCUAAAUGACACAUCUUUAAAAAACCUCUGGAUGAAGGGCGAAAUGGUGUCCUUAACAGUCCCUCCAUCUGUAGAAAACAAAGUGACCCUCGAAUACGCAGGCACUCUUCACUCAUGGACUUUCACCGUUUCCCCAGGUACCAAGAAAACCAAAGUCAGUGGCCAACAGAAACCCCAGAAAAUUCCCACAAGUGCGACACAGAUCGUCCUGGAUUUGUUGGAUCCCACUGAGGCGUUCCCUUGUGAAAAUGGCACACUCUUCUUCUUUCAGGAUGAAAACUUCUUCCUUGCUUUUGGUCACACGCUACAGUAUUCCGUCGAGGUGGAGGCCCGUUCCCCAGCCGCGUUGAUGUUGUCGUGGACGGUGGGCCGACCAGCUCCUCCCGGCAGCGGCCACACUGUGGCUCUGUACCAAGCUGACCGGGGCUCCUAUAACUUGCUUAGCAAGAACAAAAUCUUCGACAAUCGCUUUCGCAUCACUUCCCUGAACUCUUGUACUCUCUAUGUGGUGUGCGUGGACCCUGACGCCAAUUUCCUUGUCACCUGCCUCUCAGCUUUAACUGAUCCAGACAUUCCCAGAGACUUUAAGGUCAGCUUGUGGAACAGCAGCAGCAUAUCUUUGACCUGGAAUGUGCCAGAGGACCUCUGGUUCUCCCUCUUCCUCCUCACAGCCUUCCAUCUCAACGAAACGGACCACGUCGUGGAGGAGGUGCCCACCUGGCUCUCGGCGGAGGACUUUGUUUUUACCUUGUCUGGCCUGCCGCCCUGCAGCAAGGUUAAAUUUGGCCUGCAGACGGUUUGCCAAGACGCCAUGGAGUCCCGCUACAGUGAAAUGAUUCAGAGUGAUGGCAAUACUGCUCACUCCAAAAUCGAGGCCUUACGUCAGACAUCAUACGGCUCCAACAACUACACGCUUAGCUGGGAAGUGAGCGCUGCCUCGUCCGUGUCCAGGUUCAAGGUCUACCAGGACGACACGCUGCUGGGCACUACACUCACCACUGACUACAUGGUUGAAGGGCUGCUGCCGUGCCACCUUUACCACGCCAGAGUGGACGCGGUGUGCGGCAAUGACGUGCUGAUGAGCACCAAGAAACUUCCAGUACACACAGGACCCCGUGGUGUGUUAGAACUGCGAUACCACACAAACGACUCUGUCGCCUUGUGGAUUCCCGGCACAUCCAGUUUAGCCCUUUCAUUUUUAUACAAACUGUCCCUGGAGAACGGCAGCACCCUUGCGACGGACAAUCUGACCCGGACCGAGCUGCGACUGACGGGACUGGAAGCUGGCAAGACGUACGUCCUGGAUCUGUGGGAGCAGUGCGACGGCCGGUGGAUGUCGGAACGUACAAUGUUGUGCUUCACGGCCGACAAAUCAAUCUACGGCUUCCUUGUACGGGGUGUGGGACUUGACUCCAUCAAUGACGACCAAGCCGAAGGCAUCUAUGUGCUCAGAAUGGUCGUGCCUGGCCCUCUGCCUGAUGAUGUGGAUGACGACCUGUCAGAGGCAACGACUAUAAUGGUGGAGAGUAUCCAAAACUUGCUGCUGGAACUCUUGAGGGAAGUCCGUCCUCCAGUCCGCGUUGAAGUGACUGGUAUGGAUCCUGCAUCCGAAACGAGCAAAACGGAGGUUACGAUCAUGCUUUUCGACGCGUCCCACGAGGAUGACGACAUGCCCCUGCCGGUUCACUUCCACAUGGAUUAUAUUCAUUCCCGGGAUAAUGCUUACGUCUCAGUUCGAGAUGGACUCAUUUACUGGGAUGGUCCGGAUCUUUGCGCGUCGUCCACCCGCCCCCUGUGCCCACAUAACUCUCAAUGCAUCAACACUCUGGGUUCGUUCCACUGCGCAUGCAAAAUGGGCUAUUAUGACGUGAGCGCCGUGCUUCAGGCUCCAGUGCCCUCCCACCCGGUCUGCAACGAGAAAGGCAUUUUCAGUGAGUGUCUGGAGAAAGUGAUGACCGGCGGCGUGGCCAAACCGUACCUGAUUGCGUACAUCGGCGGGAAGGUCGAGGUGGUGCUGAACAACGCCACCUGCCAAGUGGAGGAAACCGGACUUUUGUUCCACUUCCGCACUCCUCGACACGGCUUUGAAUGUGGGACAAAGAGGCGGAUCAACAAAACCCACAUUGAGUUCCAAAACACACUGGCUGUCUCCUUGACCAAAGAGGAAGCAAUCAGCCGGCGGGAUCUGAAAGUCAUCUGGAAGUGCGUCUACCCUCUGCAUUAUAUUCGCAACGCCCAUGUCAGCAUUGAUUUGAAAUGGUUCAAUGCCUACUCGCUGGUGGAGUUCAACACCUCCGUACAGCUCGGACUGACCAUGGACCUUUUCAGAGACAAGUACUUUGGAAGCAGCUAUCACGAAUUUGCCAGCAUGGACCCGGAGGACACGUUGUACUUCCAGGUUGCCUUGGACGCCAAUGUCUCUUUUAUCGCCAACGUCCUGCUGCACGUGGAGUCCUGCUGGGCCACAGAGACCAGUGACCCACAGAAUGACGUUCAGGGGAUUUUCCUGGAGGAUGGUUGUCCCAUCGACCACACAUUCCGGUGGCUGUCUGAGAAUGGCGUGGCUCAGAAAAGUAGAUUCGCCAUGCAGAUGUUCCAUAUGCCUGAGGAGCUGCCACUUUAUUUUCACUGUUUGGCUAGCAUAUGUGGACUUAAAGAAAACUGUACAAAGAACUGCACAGGCCCUAAACGCACCAAGAGAGCGGCCAUUCACAUGAUUGGCACAAAACCUAACUCAAAAAGAGCUGCUGUGGUGUCUGCUGGGCCUCUCAUUGUCAGUCGGGAGGCAUCACGAGUCAAACAGUCUUCCCGGAACGAGAACUUGACGAUGAUCUCCAUUGUGGUAGGGUUAGUGGGUAUUUUGGGAUUAGCAGUGCUGUCAAUGAGUGCCACCAAAGCUAUUAUGGCUUUUCAUGCACGGCGAGAACAUAAAUAAAAUUGAAAUUGUCACUUA